AGGUAAUUUUUAAGCCCAUGAAAAUAGCCGGCGAUGCGCUUUUUGUAGUUUUCUAGUUCAGACUCGUCAUUAGUGAGUUUUCACCGGAGAUCGGAAAGUCUGCGAAACCCUUGGUACCUCGCUACCAAUCUCUACGUAGAGAGAAAGAUGGGCGUCGGAUUCAUUGCUGGUGUUAUCGGGGGUCUCCUCUUCGCCCAUGCCGCUUACGCAACAAUUCAGUAUAGAGGGAUGCUCAAGAUUAUGGAGGAGUUUUCCGGUCCUCCCACCAAUGUCGUGAUUGAACUGCUUCUGGGAUUGGUUCUUUGUAUGGUUGCCGGGCUUGCGGUUCCUGGGAAGUUCCACUCAAUACUGCCCGACUCGGAAGAGAACAGGGUUGUCUCAUUACCGUCAAAUUUGGACUUCAUGAUCUUCAAUCAUCGUGGCAGUUUGUCGCCUUUUGAUCCCGAACUCAAGUUGAAAACUUAGACUUUCUUUGAUCUUGAGAGGGUAUUUCUUGCUAUUGUGAUCACUUCAGACUCGUAGGAUUUUAAGAGAGAUUUAAUAAUAUUUUCUUAUUUGGUGUUACAAAAACUGCUAAGAGUUAGUACAGUAGUCUGUAUUGUCUUUUUGCAUCUCAAUAAACAUUUUUGUCAAUCUGAGAAAUGAUUUUUCGAUGGAUUGGUUUACUUAUGAUUGUUUGAAGUA